CAUGUCACCUGGAGGCUCCGCGCGCAGCGCCGCGUACGCGCACCCUAUCCAGUGGUGGAAGAGGAGGACUUUGACUGGCCGGCGGCCUGCAUUGAGCUGGAGCAGCACCUGUCACGCUGGGCGGAGGAUGGGCGCUGGGCCGAGUACUUCUGCCUGGCUGAUGGGCACUUUGCUUCCAUUGACUCAGUGCUGCUGUUCCAGGGUGGGACACUCUGUCUGUCUGGCUCCCGAGACCGCAAUGUCAACCUGUGGGACCUGCGGCAGCUUGGGGUGGAACCCAGCCGGGUUCUGGUCAAGGCCCUUGGCACCCAGAGCAGCACCCACAAGGGCUGGGUGUGGUCGCUGGCAGCGCUGGACCACCGAGUGUGCUCCGGUUCCUGGGACAGCACAGUGAAGCUCUGGGACAUGGCAGCUGACGGGCAGCAGUUUGGCGAGAUAAAGGGCAAGGCAGCUGUGCUGUGCCUUUCCUACCAGCCUGACAUCCUGGUGACCGGCACCUACGACAAGAAGGUGACAGUCUACGACCCCAGAGUCGGCCCAGCCCUGCUGAAGAGCCGGCGGCUGCACUCCAGCGCGGUGCUGGCGUUGCUGGCGGAUGACCGGCACAUCAUCUCGGGCAGUGAGGACCACACGCUCGUUGUGUUCGACCGCCGGGCCAACAGCGUCCUGCAGCGGCUUCAGCUGGACUCCUACCUGCUCUGCAUGUCCUACCAAGAGCCCCAGCUCUGGGCUGGUGACAACCAGGGUCUGCUGCACGUCUUCGCCAACCGGGACGGCUGCUUCCAACUUGUCCGGUCCUUUGAUGUGGGCCACAGGUCUCAGAUCACGGGGAUCAAACACUCGCUGGGGGCCUUGUACACCACGUCCACUGACAAGACCAUCCGGGUACACGUGCCCACAGACCCACCACGGACCAUCUGCACCCGAAGCCACGACAACGUGCUGAAUGGGAUCUGUGCUGAGGGCAACCUGGUGGUGGCCGCCUCUGGGGGCCUGUCGCUGGAAGUCUGGAGGCUCCAGGCCUGAGCAGGCAGACAUGGAUAUGGAUGUGGAUCUGCUGGCCGGCAGGCUGGGUCAAGGCCUCUGUUCUCGGGGGGGCCCUCCCCUUUUCUGGUGCUGCCCUGGGCUCGGGCCUGGGGCACAAGGACUCCAGGCCACUGUUGGGCAGGGUCCCUGGUCUGUGCUCCUUGUUCCAGGCCACCCUCAGGUCCUGUUUACAAUUGGACGCCUGCUUUCCCUUGAGAGCGAAGGGGCAAUAAACCUGAUGUACUGGU